UCUGCUCUGAACCAGACUGUGACAUCUGAACCACAAUCUCAGCAGCUGCUGAAGAUUCAGACAUCCUCCAAACGCUCCACACUCCAGGUGAGCACCGAAGCUCUCGAUGAUGCCUCCUUCCUCCAACUUCAGCGGUGGAGGAUCUGGCGAGGAGAAGCAGUGCAUCGUCAACGACCAGAUGGGACCUUUCGUUGUCCUCUACAUCCUCAUCUUCGUCAUCAGUCUGCCUGGAAACCUGCUGUCCGUGUGGGCCUUCAUCCGCAGCCCCCGAGCCACGCAGCAGAACGCCAGCGUCUACCUGGUCAACCUGCUGGUGGCCGACCUGCUGCUGCUGCUCGCGCUGCCCUUUAAGAUCCUUUAUGACCUCGGGUCGGCGUCGUGGAGCCUCAUGGUGUUCCACUGCCAGGCCAGCGCCGUCACCAUCUACAUCAGCCUCUACGCAUCCAUCGCCUUCCUCGCCUUCAUCAUAAUUGACCGCUACAUGCAGGACUGCCACUCUCUGCGCUCUCUGCGGCUGCAGGAGGUCGGCUUCUCCCGGCUGCUGACGCUGGUCGUCUGGCUGCUGCUGCUGCUCAUCAUGGUGCCCAACAUGGUCCUGCCCACUCAGGAAGUAAAGGAGCAGCGGUACCUCAGCUGUUCAUCACUGAAGACGGACAUCGGCCUCCACUGGCACGCCCUGACCGUCUUCCUCUGCACGGCUCUGUUCCUCAACGCCUCCAUCGCCGUGCUCGUCUCCUGCGGUCUGGCUCUCAAAAGACUCCUGGGCAGUCGCAAGGAUCCCAAACUCUGGGUCGACGCCAGGCAGGCAGCGGGGAAUGUGACGGCCGUGGCGUUGGCCUACAUAGUCAGCUUCGUGCCCUACCACGUCGUCCGGACGCCGUACACGUUGGCCCAGACCAAAGUCAUCACAGACUGCCAGACCAGGCGGCAGCUGUUUCUGGGGAAGGAGUGGACGCUGCUGCUGAGCGUGCUGCACCUCUGCUUCGACCCCCUGCUCUUCUUCUACCUCUACGCGCCGUUCAGACAGACGAUCUGCAGGAUGUUCCCCUGCUGCAGAAACCAGUCAGUCGGCGAGGCAGAGGAACAGGCUGCGGAGGAAAUGAUGCAACCUACAACUUCUGUGCAGCCGGAGGAUGCUUUCUAGACACAGAGAUGCUGUUUGUAAAGCAGGGAUUCACACACAUUCAUGCCAAAGAUCACCUCAAUAAACAAAGACCGGAAGCAGAGAAACUACAAACACACCUUUCAACAGCUCCAAAGGAGG